GGGUGGGUGGGUCAUACAGCAGGCAAAUCAUAAUACUAAGCUAAUGCAAUAAAAUCCAUAGAAAAAUAACAAUCAAAUAUGCUUUUACUUCCAGCUAGCACUACAAGUUUCCUCCAGUGAAAAAGCCAUCUUCCCUCUCAUUUGUCCUACAAAUGGGUGAUUCCUUCCUUUCUUCUUCAUCUUUCUUCUCCAAUUCACUUCCCAAAAGCUCAUCUUCCCUUCUUUCAUGGCUUCUUCAUCUCUCCAACUUCUCUUCUUACUCUCUUUACCUUGGCGUCUUGUCACUUCCACUUCAUCAAAUCAACUCCCUCAGCAAUAUGUUGUUUAUAUGGGAAGUUCAUCCAAUGGAAAUAGAGGAAAUGCUAAAAUUGCAGAGUCUGCUCAUUUGCAGAUAUUAUCCUCUAUUAUACCAAGUCAUGAAAGUGAGAGAAUCUCUUUAGUCCAUCAUUAUAAUCAUGCUUUCAAAGGAUUCUCUGCCAUGCUUACACAGAGUGAAGCCUCUGAAUUGUCUGGGCAUGAUGGAGUUGUAUCAGUGUUCAAAGAUCCAACUCUUCAACUCCACACAACACGUUCUUGGGAUUUUUUAGAGGGAAAAUCUGGCAUGCAAUUCUCCUCUCUGUAUCCUCAUGCAUCAAGUGAUGUAAUUAUUGGGGUGAUUGAUACAGGGAUAUGGCCUGAGUCUCCAAGUUUCACUGACCAUGGAAUUGGACAAAUCCCUUCAAGAUGGAAAGGAAUUUGCAUGGAAGGAAAUGACUUCAAUAAAUCCAACUGUAAUAGGAAGCUGAUAGGAGCAAGGUACUAUGACAGCAUCCUGAGAACCAACAAAAAUAACAACACUCAUGUGUCCCAACCAAGGGGCUCACCCAGGGACUAUAUUGGCCAUGGAACCCACACCACAUCUAUAGCUGGUGGUGCUCAAGUAGCUAAUGUUAGUUACUAUGGGCUCGCAGGAGGCACAGCUAGGGGUGGCUCUCCUUCAACAAGGAUUGCAGUCUACAAAGCCUGCACAUUAGAUGGUUGCUCUGGCUCCACUAUCUUGAAGGCAAUAGAUGAUGCAAUUAAGGAUGGAGUUGAUAUAAUUUCCAUUUCUAUUGGGAUGAGCUCUAUUUUUCAAUCUGAUUACCUUAAUGACCCUAUAGCAAUUGGUGCAUUUCAUGCUCAACAAAUGGGUGUUUUGGUAAUUUGUUCUGGUGGAAAUGAUGGACCUGACCCUUACACCAUUGUCAAUUAUGCUCCCUGGAUUUUCACUGUUGCAGCUUCUAAUAUUGAUAGAGAUUUUCAAUCUACUAUUCUCCUUGGAAAUGGGAAGACUCUCCAAGGAUCUGCCAUUAAUUUCUCAAAUCUCACUCGCUCUAGGACCUAUCCUCUUCUAUAUGGAGACAAUGCUGCUGCUGCUUUUACCCCUACUUCAGAAGCAAGGAAUUGUUAUCCAGGAUCAUUAGAUAGACAGAAAGUUGCUGGGAAAAUUAUUGUUUGCUUGGAUAAUGAUUUUAGUAUUCCUAGGCAAAUCAAGAAAUUAGUUGCAGAAGAUGCCAGAGCCAAAGGGUUGAUUUUGAUCAACGAGGAUGAAAAAGGUGUACCCUUUGAUUCUGGUGUUUUUCCAUUUGCAGAAGUUGGCAAUGUUGCAGGAGCUCAGCUCCUUCAUUAUAUCAAUUCUACCAAAAAUCCAACUGCAACAAUCUUUCCAGCAGUUGAAGUUCCACUGUGUAAACCAGCACCAGUUGUUGCAUAUUUCUCUUCCAGGGGGCCUGGACAGCUUACAGAAAAUAUUCUUAAGCCAGAUGUAAUGGCUCCAGGAGUUGCCAUUUUAGCUGCCAUGAUUCCUAAAAAUGAAUCAGGAAGUUUUCCAAUUGGAAAGAAGCUAUCAGGAUAUGCAAUAAGAUCUGGGACAUCAAUGGCUUGCCCUCAUGUAACAGGCGCUGCUGCGUUCAUAAAAUCCAUAUUCCCCCAAUGGAGUCCUUCCAUGAUCAAAUCCGCACUUAUGACAACAGCAACCUUUUACAACAACUUGGGGAAGCCCUUUACAAACAGCUCAAAUUCAAAUUCAAAUCCACAUGAGAUGGGGGUUGGAGAAAUAAACCCACUUAAAGCUCUUAAUCCAGGAUUAGUUUUCGAAACAACUACAGAAGAUUAUCUUCAAUUCCUGUGUUAUUUUGGGUACUCACAGAAUAACAUAAAAUCCAUGGCUAACAAAAACUUCAACUGUCCAAGAAUCAGCUUUGACAAACUUAUCUCCAACAUUAAUUACCCAUCAAUAUCCAUUAGCAAGCUUGAUAGACAUCAAGCUGUCCAGACCAUCAAAAGAGCCGUAACAAAUGUGGGAUCUCCAAAUGCUACAUACAUAGCUAAAGUGCAAGCCCCAGAAGGACUGAUGGUGAAGGUGUUACCAAAGAAGCUUUUUUUUAAGGAAGGCUCAUCAAGAAUGUCUUUCGAGGUCUCCUUUAAUGGGAAGAUGGCUCCCAGAGGAUACAGUUUUGGGUCUGUGACAUGGGUUGAUGGCAGACACUCUGUUCGACUAGUGUUCUCAGUGAAUGUCGAAUAGCAAGAACAGAGAUGUGACAUUCGAGGGGGCAAAGAAAUUGGAAAGAAGUAUUAUACAAUUUGGAAUCAUACUUUUUCUUUUCUUUUCUUUUCUUUAAUGAAAAUAGUGAAAUAUGGAAUACAAUGAUAUUGCUUUUGUAAGGGAAAGAUAAUGAUUGAUGCUAUUAUUUUCUUUGUAUCAGUAACAGGAAAUUGACCAAGACUUUACUUUCUUUUAUAAUAUCAUUAAGUUCAAUUAUUUCAUUAA